UAUUUACAUUUCAGUCAGCUGAUUUCCAUUCACCUGACUGCAAUUAGCAAAAACCCAUUGCAGUUUGUUCAUAUUGUAGCUGUUAUGUAUCACUAUAGCAUUUAAAUAUAUGUUACUUUAAUUACUGAAGGUCUAGUUCUGCUAAGUAACUCUUUCGCUUUCACAGUUAGCACAGUUUUUGAACAUUUAGCACGUGAUUAGCAGUUAGCUGGUUGAGCUAGCUGCUCUACAGGAGUAAUCUCUUUGACUUAACUACUUUAAAAAUGGAAAAGAUUGCUAAAGAUGUGGGAGACAUCCAGUCCCGACUGUUAGACCACAGACCAAUCAUCACUGCAGAGGUCCGCUACUUUGUGAGAGAGUUUGAGGAAAAACGUGGCCACAGGGAGAGCAGACUGCUGGAGAACCUCAAUAAAGUGGUUCCGGAAACAAAUGAGCAGAUGCCGCCCACAGAUAUCGAGGGCAUGCUGUCUGAUGUUGUUAAGCGAUUGGAGGCUGCUAAUCACAUGGCGGAGAGAGUCCAGCAGAGGGAGCUAGAGGCACAGCAGAGCACCCAGCUGCAGGGGAACAUGGAGCGUUUGAAAGACGAGUGGGCCGAGUUUCUGAAGGAGCAGCAGAGAUUAAAGGAGGAGAUGGAUGAGGAGCACGCCAAGGCUGUGGGACAACUCAGCACGCAGUACAGCGAGAAGAAGAAGGACCUAACCAAGUUUUCACCUCUCUAGUCGGUAGAUGUUUGCGAGGGUGCGAGUGAACAAACCUCUUUUAUUCCAGCGAGUGUUUGUUACAGACAUGGACGUCUGUUCUGCACGUGCAACACCAAGCUAUCAGCUUUGAUUGAUGAACCUGGUGGUUGGCAUGAAAUGUAGAGGUUUUGCGCCUGCACAAGACUCAACAUUUUCCAAAUCGUAAAUAUGAAAGUGUGAUUAACAAUGUGGCAUUUCACAGGCCAUCAAACUCGCAAGUUUCUGUCUUUAGCACAUGGAAUUUUCUCGGCACCUAAAAGGUCUGGAAUAUGUCACUUUUAAACAAGCAAUCAUUUGAUUGUUCCUUGGCCGUGAAGUUUUCAACAUUUCAAGAUUUCUUUAAUGGAUGCCUGCCUGAAGGGUGCUGAUGAUAAAUUUGCGUCAGCCUCAAGUUGAAAGGAACCUGGAGUUUGGCACCAGGGCGAGAUACUCUAAGCUCUGAAAGCCAGAUCAUUAAAUGUUAGAGAAGUUCUGAGCAGGUGUGUUUAAAGCACAGGUCAAGUGUUGUAGAAAUGAGCUUAAAAUAAACUGUUUCCAGAACAAAUCAUCCCUCACCAGCUCUCCCGUGUUUGGAACAUUUGACCUCUGACAUUAAUUUCAAGUAAACUAACUGUCUAUGAAGUAACUUUUAUUAUAAAAGCAAUAUGAAUGAUCAGCA